AUGAAAAUAACAAAAGACUGGAAGUGGAUUUCUAAUGUUCAUGAAGCUGGUAAUGGAAGGAUUUGGUUACUGUGGGAUAGUGAUAUUCUUACAGUGCAAGACAUAAUCUUAACAGACCAAUACAUUACCUGUCGGGUAGAAUCCAGAGAUGGUAAAUUCUCCAGCUUAUGCACUAUUGUUUAUGCCCACAAUCAAAUGACAAGCAGGAGAAUUCUUUGGAGUGAUCUUUUAACUUUUAAAAGUAAUGUUACUGGUCCCUGGGUUAUUGGAGGGGAUUUCAAUGCAAUUUCUGGUUAUGAUGAGAAGAUAGGAGGUGUAUCUGUAUCAGAAUCUGAUAUUGAGGAUUUUCAGAACUUUAUCAUUUCCAGUCACCUUCUUCAUUUGAAAUCAACUGGAUGCUACUUCACUUGGAACAAUAAGCAAAAUGCAGAUACAAGAAUCUGGUCCAGGUUAGACAGAUGCUUAGUAAAUGAAGACUGGAUUCAUCUAUAUACAACAAGCCAAGUUGAAUAUCUGCUACCUAGCUGUUCUGAUCAUUCCCCUGCUCUUCUAACCAUUGAAGAUGAUAUUAUAACUGGUAAGAGGCCAUUCAAAUUCUUCAACAUGUGGGUAAAGCAUCCUGACUUCUUGCCUACAGUCAAAGCUAUUUGGGAACAAAACAUAGAUGGUUUCAAAAUGUACAGUUUCCAUUCUAAGCUCAAAAUGCUUAAGACUGCUCUUAAAGAUCUAAAUAAGAAGCACUAUAUGAAUAUUAGUGAGCAACUUAAAGAUCUAAAUAAGAAGCACUAUAUGAAUAUUAGUGAGCAAGUUCUUAGAGCAAAAAAUAGCUUAACUGAAGUUCAAGGGCUACUGUCUGGAUAUGAAUAUUAG